CUCCGUCAAGACCAAAACUGCAUCGGUCUGAUUCGAACUCCAAACGAAUCAGACAAUAGCAAGAGACACUCCUUCGAAUAUAAAAUCCGAUACAAAGAUUCACUUGAUCAUCCCUUCCAAAUAAAGUAAUCUUUAAACCCUAAUCCAUCAAAGAGGAUGCUAAUAUCGUGUUACCUAGGGUUUCUUGAUUUGCAUUGAUCUUGUUUCAAGAACAUGGGAAGCUUUCGUCGCCGGACUUUUUCAUACGACAAACUUCCGGCCGAACCCAUUAGGCUCUCCGUUCUUAAACUAGAUGGCACGUCCUUUGAUGUUAACGUAACGAGCUCCGCGACCGUUAGGGAUCUCAAGCUUGCUAUAGAGACGGCCUUCAGCCACGUCCCCAAGAAGGGACCAUCCAAGAUCUCAUGGCCACACGUGUGGGGACACUUCUGCUUGUGUUAUGGGGAUCAGAAGCUAGUCACCGAUACGGAGUGCAUCGGAAGUUAUGGCAUGAAGGACGGUGAUGAGGUAAGAUUCAAGAACCAUGUGUCUGGCAAUGCCGUAUUCAACAAGGGAUACUCUAGGAAAACCAAACAAAAUAAUUUAGAGAGGGUAGGACCAAAAAAUGAAGCUGAGGAAGUGAAUAGAAUGGAGGAGAUUGAUGAUGAUCUUGAGAAAGGAAGCUUAGUGAGGUACGAGGAUGAUGUCUUGGAAGCUUCUCCAGAAGACAACAGGACUAGUCUAACCACUGUCCAUGGUUGCUGCUUUGCUUUUGGUCUGAAGGAGCUUCUUGGGUUUGGCAAUGACAAAAGCUAUUACUCUUUGAGAGAUACUUGGAGAGACGACUGAAUGAUUCCUUUUUUUCGGUUUUCUUUUGGUAAGAGUUUUGGUCGCAGGACACAUUUAUUUAACUUUGUAAUCACAACAAAAAUGAUCAAAGGAUCAUGUUAUAUUACAAAGGAUGGUAUGUUCAGGGAAA